AUGUCCACCAACCCUUCCACCAGCAGGCUUAUCCUUGUCAUCUACAUCGUCAUCCAAUAUGAGGACUUCUCCCAGGAUGACAUCGUAGAGCAUAAUCAUGAUGUCCCAUCCGCCGAAGCAACCUACGCUGGCUCCACAAACAACGAUACCGCUCCCCAUCGACCUAGCACGGCUUUCGCCCCCACAGUGCCGACUCAAUCUUCUGCUGCGAAAGAGCAAGACGUGAAGGGCAUCGGUGCCCAGUUCGACCAUGUCUCUGACGUACAAGCUGCGGAGAUUGACAUAUGA